UUGAAAGACGCGGCCUCGCGCCCCGGGCGCUCUUGGACCCACCUCCCACCCGGGUCUCGGUCUGGGCGGUGUCUGCGACGGAGGCGGCAGAGGAAGAAGCGGGGACGGCGGCUCCGAGGCCCAGGAAAAUGUCUGGUAGCAAUGAUUGGUUUCCGAGUUCCCGGGUUCCCAGCUUUGCGCAGAUGUUGAAAAAGAACUUGCCGGUUCAGCCUUCUUCCACAGCCGUGAAUCCUCCUCUGGGAUACUCGUCAUCGGAGGAUGACAGCGUGUCACGUUUGGCUUCUAAGGUCACGCAAGUCACAGGUAACUUUCCAGAACCACUGCUUUCCAAAGUAGUCCUGCCUAAUCCAGAUGCAGUCCUUCCUCCAAAGAAGAUUCCCAAGGAAUUCAUCACGAAGUACCAACGUGGAGAGAUCAAUCCAGUGUCUGCCCUCCAUCAGUUUGCACAAAUGCAGCGUGUGCAGCUUGACCUUAAGGAAACUGUAACAACAGGUAACGUCAUGGGUCCUUACUUUGCCUUUUGUGCUGUGGUGGAUGGUGUUCAAUAUAAAACUGGACUGGGGCAAAAUAAAAAAGAGUCCAGAUGCAACGCGGCCAAGCUGGCCCUGGACGAGCUUCUGCAGCUGGACGUUCCUGAGCUGAGGCAUGUCGAAACCUCAGGUCCUCCUCUCAUCCCUGCAGACCCAGUCAUUUCAGCUGAAUCAAAUUAUGUUUCCAAGGUCCAUUACGAAGGAAGGCAUAUCCAGCAUGCAGAGAUCUCGGAGGCAAUUAAGGAUACCUUUAAUUGUCUAAUUGCCAAGCAUUUGGAGUAUUGGAAUUGUAGCAGCUCACUGGCUGCUUUUGUAAUUGAAAGAGCUGGACAGCAUGAAGUUGUAGCCGUGGGCACGGGUGACUACAAUUACAGCCAGUGCAUCAAACUAGAUGGGCGUGUGCUUCAUGAUACCCAUGCUGUGGUUACUGCCAGGCGCUCUCUGCUCAGGUACUUCUAUAGACAGCUUCUGCUCUUCUAUAGCAAAAACCCUGCUAUGAUGGAUAAGUCAAUAUUUUGUACUGAACCAGCUUCCAAUUUCCUCACUUUAAAGCAGAAUAUCAACAUUUAUUUGUAUUUGAACCAGUUGCCAAAAGGAUCUGCUCAAAUUAAGUCACAACUACGCCUCAAUCCUCAUUCGUUAUCUGCAUUUGAAGCUAAUGAGGAGCUGAGUCUCCACGUGGCGGUGGAAGGCAAGAUUUACCUCACAGUUUACUCCCCUGCAGAAAUGGGUAAUCGAGUGAGCAGCAUGUCCUCCAGUGACAAACUGACCAGAUGGGAGGUGCUCGGGGUACAGGGAGCCCUGCUCAGCCACUUUAUCCAGCCCAUUUACAUCAACAGUAUCCUUGUGGGGGAUGGAAGCUGCAGUCAUACUAGAGGAUUAGAAAUAGCUAUAAAGCAACGUGUUGACGAUGUCCUUACUUCCAAGCUUCCUAUGUUUUAUUUGGUCAAUAGACCUAACGUUAGCUUAGUACCAUCUGUAUAUCCGCUUCUGACAGACUUGGAGUAUAAAUCCCUGAGUCUCAAUUGGGCGCAAGGGGACAUUUCUUUGGAAAUCGUAGAUGGAAUAAAUGGAAAAAUCACGGAAAGUUCGCCCUUCAAAAGUGGUAUGUCAAUGGCGAGUCGUCUGUGUAAGGCUGCAAUGUUAAGUCGCUUUAAUCUGCUUGCCAAGGAAGCCGAAAGAGAAGACUUACUUGAAGCUAGUACUUAUCAUGCAGCCAAGUGCAUGUCUGGAUCCUACCAGGAAGCCAAAACUUUGUUGAAGUCGUACUUGCAGCAGCAUGGGUAUGGGUCCUGGAUCGUGAAGUCUUCCUGCAUUGAACAGUUCAGCAUGUGACUGUCUGUCGUGUACAAACGCUUGUAUUAUUUUGGUGUGUUUUGAUGAGUAAAAAUGUUUUUAAAAAAGAAAAAGAAAAGAUAUCAGUAGUGUUCAGCUUUCAAAUCAGUGUCUUACAACAGCAACGUCCAGCAAAUGCUGAAAAUUUGUAAAACUUCAUGUUGGUUUACAUUGAACCAUUAGGUUUUUUUUUUAGUAAAGCAAUUACUUUACUCAAUAUGUAGACUUUCUGCAUUUAUUUUUUUGCAAUAAUUUUAAAAUCAUCACCCUCUUGAAGCCUAAAAGAGAAUUCUUAUUCUUGGCACCUUUUUAACUUCUAACAUUUACCUUUUCUUUUGAUGACCAUAAAUGUG